GUCGCGGCGACUGAGUAGCCCUGGCUGUGCCUGUGGCCUCUCCGCCGCCCGCCGCCCUCCUCCUCCGACCACCGCCUCACGGCACCGCCAUGAUCGUGGAAAGCAGCCGGGACGCGGCGCCCGAUGGCGGCGACGGCAGCGCCCUCAGCAGCCCCAUCAAUCUCGCUUACUUCUACGGGGCGUCGCCCCACUCCAGCGAGGGCAGCUGUUCGCCGGCACACUCCGGCCCGGGGUCGCCGGCCUCUGAUUCGGACCUCUCGGUGAGCAGCCGCGGCGGCGGCCGGAGGGACUCCCGGGGCAAUGCCCGCCCCGCGCUACAAGCUGAACAGCACAUGGGGGGCGGAAAGCAGCACAGGGGACCUUUCCAGGGGGUUCGUGUGAAGAACUCCGUGAAGGAGCUCCUGUUGCACUUCAGGAGCAGCAAACAGAUGUCCUCGGGCUCCGCCACAGAGGAAGGCAAGGCACAAGGAGGAUUGGUGAACUACGAGCAAUACACAGCAGAGUUGAAGAGCAUACAAGGUCACAGUGGCAAAAGAAAGGCUCCAGAGCUGCUUUCUGAUGGACUGUCUUUUAAGCGCCAAGCUAAUGUUCACCCACACCUCCUGACGCCACCUCAGACACCAACUUCUAUGGAUAACAUGGAGGAGACUCAUAAAAACAACCCAAAGCAUGACAGCAAUUCUGAUCUUCUUCAGAACAUUAUAAACAUCAAGAACGAGUCGAGCCCCAUUUCUCUGAACACAGUGCAGGUCAGCUGGUUGCGCACUAUGUCUAGUCACAACUCACCUGGUGAGCAGUACCAGGAGAGCCCAGGAGCACAGGCUUUCUCCCCAUCCCAGAAGUACCAUGCAUUCCAAGAUCACACCUCGCAGCAUAUGCUUGAUCCACCGCAGCAUUACCAGUUUCCUCCAUCCCAGAACCAAGAUUUGUCACAGACCUAUCCUUCAGAUGCCUCUGUGGAGUACAGGCCCUUUGCUGCCAAUGAUCAGUCUCCUGGCUACCAGCAGAAUACCUUUGAGAGCCAUGAGCUGCAGUACUGCCCAUCACAGAGCUUCUCCUCCCUCUUGAACGACUCUGAGGGUUCAGAGGGUAUCUUUGCUCCUCUCCAGCUGCUGAGCAGUGCCCACCUGCAGCCUGAUGUCAACCCCCACCCUCCAAACUUCAGCUUGCUUUCCAGUAACAUCUGUGAUAGUCUGGAGCGCAGUGUCUCUUUGGCUACUCUGAAUGCCUCUCUACCUGACCAAAGCAUCACCAGAAACACGACUCAGCUGAAGUCAUUUUUUCAGUGGCAGGUAGAGCAGGAGGAAAACAAACUGGCCAGCAUCUCUCAAGAACAAUUCCUUGCAAAAGACUCUGAUGGAGACACCUUCCUUCACAUUGCUGUUGCCCAGGGCCGACGAGCACUCUCCUAUGUUCUUGCAAGGAAGAUGGCUGCCCUGCACAUGCUUGAUAUUAAGGAGCACAAUGGCCAGAGUGCUUUCCAGGUUGCUGUGGCUGCCAAUCAGCAUCUCAUUGUGCAGGACUUGGUUAGUUUGGGGGCUCAAGUCAAUACAACGGACUGCUGGGGUAGAACACCGUUGCAUGUUUGUGCUGAGAAGGGGCAUGCCCAGGUCCUUCAGGCAAUCCAAAAAGGAGCCAUGGGAAGCAAUCAGUAUGUGGACCUUGAGGCUACAAACUAUGAAGGUUUGACAGCAUUGCACUGUGCUGUUCUGGCCCAUAAUGCUGUGUUGCAUGAGCUGCAGAACAGUCAGCCACCUCACUCCCCUGAGGUCCAGGAGCUUCUGUUGAGAAACAAGAGCCUGGUAGAAACCAUCAAGACUCUGAUACAAAUGGGAGCCUCUGUUGAAGCUAAAGAUCGCAAGAGUGGUCGUUCAGCUUUACAUUUGGCAGCAGAAGAAGCAAACCUAGAGCUCAUUCGUCUCUUUUUGGAACUGCCCAACUGCCUGUCUUUUGUCAAUGCAAAGGCUUAUAAUGGCAACACAGCACUCCAUGUGGCUGCCAGCCUGCAGUAUCGGGUGAGUCAGUUGGAUGCUGUGCGUCUGCUCAUGCGAAAGGGAGCUGAUCCAAGUGCCAGAAACUUGGAGAAUGAGCAGCCAGUUCAUCUGGUUCCUGAUGGCCUUGUAGGAGAGCAGAUAAGACGUAUCCUAAAAGGGAAGGCGAUUCAGCAGAGGGCGUCCCCAUUUUAAGCUCCAUGUUCCUUGGAGUUCAGCAACUUACACUCACUGUCAGUCAGGCAGUCCUAAUAUAUCUGUAAAUAGACCAUUUGUCUGGUGUGGGCAAAUGUUAGUUGUUUCUAUGAAACAAAAGUAUUUUGUUCACUAUCAUAUAGUGGGUUAUAUAAGAAUUAAAAAAAAACCCAACCAAAAAAAACCAACAACCCAACAAACAGACGAAAAUCUAACAAUCAAAUUCUUCUGAGCAAAUGGGAACAUUUCAUUCCUAAGUAUGUGGAAUAUUUGCCUGGGUACAUGAAUUUCCUAGCUAUGGCAAGUCUAAUUUUAUUUAAACUGUCUGAGACAUGUCAACAUUGCAGAGCUUUUUUUUUCUCACUUAAAACAUUAAGUGCAAAAGAAAUUAAAUAUUUUUUAAUUUGAACAUUUAUUUAUGCAACUUUGUAGCUUUCUUCCAGUAGCUCAUACAUAGUCACUGUCAUUUGUACAGCUGUAUAUAGUUCUAAGAAUCCACUGAUCAUUUGGGGAAUGAUCUGAAGAAACAAGUUCCUUUAUCUUGAACUUGCAAAUUGCUUGUAGAGUUUUUAUACUGUACUGGUGCAAACAGAAUUCUGUUGGUUUGAAAGGCUGAAAACCAAAAGUAUCAUUAGAGUGUCCAUAGCACUGAUUUGUGUAUGCCUUUGGAGUUCUUAAUGAAAUGCAAAAAGUUCAGAGGACUGCCUCAGUUUUUCUUGUACCCAGGAGUUUUUUCUUUUGAUGGGACGGUAGACUGAGGGAGAAAGAUCACGACUUCUGUAGCCUGUGUAUGACUUUGUACUUCAGAGAGAGUAUGAUCUUGUUUCAGUGAAAGUAUUUAGCGUGUACUUAACUGUUAAUGCAUGCUGAAAUAUCUACAUAUUAAUCGUAAUACUUCAACAUGUGUAAGCCUCACUAGUUUCAGUAGGACUUGAGCACAUGCUUAAGUAGUCUGCUAAGUUGGGCUCUGAUUAAAUUUAGAGACUUGGUGUUUUUCACCUUCUAAGCAGAGUUAAUCCAUUUAUGGUUUUACCUUAUAGGUAUGGUGGCUAGCCAAGUAAUAUUUGAACUUGAUGUUUUUCUAUUUUUUAAUAAUUAUGAGUAUUAAUGCAAAAUGUAUACUUAUGAUGCUCUAUACUUGUGUUCUGUUGGAGAAAACUUCCUGUCACUUUCUGAAUGAUCCAUGCUGGGCUGUAAUCCAGUAAUAUGUUCUCUCUGUGGUCUUUGCUCUUAAACUGGUUUUGCCUCACAUGCAGUUAUCUGUCCUAACUGUUCAGUCUGAUUGUGCUGUUUUGACAAAGUAUGUCUUGUAUACAAGCUAAGUAAAAAAAAUCUGAUAUGCGGAGACUUAGUUGCAAUGUAUUUCCUGAAGGUUCUCAUGUAAGUUGUGAUUGAAUAAACAUGCUAAUUAAA